CAAAAGGAGAGAGGGCGGAGUGAAGCUUGUCGAUUUUGAAGCGGCUGAUCACUGCGAGUAGCUGGAGAGCGCCGCUUCGCUUCACCCAUCACACAUCUCCCUUUCAUCUCGCCCGGAAUGGAUUGCUAGUCGAAGUGCAAUGGAUGAAGAAUGAUGGAAGUGAUCUACUCCAUCCUCCUGCUCCUGUUGGCUCUCCAGUCCCGUUUGAUCGUGCGAGCGGACAAGAAAUUCGGCUGCUUUUUUGAAGCUGAUUUGUGCAACACCUAUGAGAUCUGUGUAAAUGAUGGAAUAUUUGGGAGGUGUGAGCUGGUCACGGCGAUAGACGUAUUCAAAUACGAAGUUUUGCCAAACGAUCUUCAGCGCCUCCGUGAUAUCCUACAGGAACUGUCCCUUAAAGGUCUAAUGUGGCAUGAUGAAGCUACACAGCAGGUAAUUGCUAAAGAACUUUCCAAUCUCCACCCGACCCGUCAGCUGCAUCCCGAAGCUGGUUCUCCAGAUAGCUUGAGGGCUACAAAGCAACAGAUGGCAAGCGAGGAAAAUUAUGAAGGGGCAGAAGAUGGUGACCUGCAAAGAUUCAAGUCCCUACAUCAAUAUCUUCAGUUGCUCAGCGCUUUAUCCCAGCCUAAUAAUCCCAUGCCAUCUCAUAAGACCAGAACUGACAAGAGUGAGGACAUUCAGUCGGACUCCUCUUUAGAAGUGCUCCCGCCUAGAGUCCGAGGGCGAGGACCAUCAGACCAUUUCCACGCGUCCCUUCAUCCGUUCACUGGCAAGAAGCACCAGCAGCUUCGUAUCUUCAGCCCAUCACAGCAGCAGGAACCCCUUGGGGGUGAGGCCCUCGACAAGGCACAACUGGCCGCUCUGCUGGAGGAUUACAUGGCACGGAAGCUGGCUGUGAAGUCGGCUGAGAGGGGAAGCCGUUUGUCAGUCAAGAAAGGUGUUCUGGUUCAUGAGGCUUUGACUCCCCCGAGGAAGGAACAGGAGGAAGGGCCAAGCAAGGCCAGAAGCAGGCUACUUGAUUGGGAAAUGGAUGGCCAGCAUCUCGGAGUGAAAGAAGAGAAAAUGCCAUUGAGCCCCAGUAGGAUCAGAGGAAAAGACCCAUUGAGUCACCUGGAUGAGAGUUUCAUUCAGUCAGUGGUCCAGCAGCUGGGGGCAGAGCACAUGGAUCUGGACAGCAUGAAUUCCAACCAGCUGGAUGCACUGUCCAGUGUCAUAGCCGAUGCUCUCCAGGUGGUGGACGAUGACAGGAACAGUGGAGGGGCCAAAGGCAGCCAAGAAGCCCAGCAGAAGGAAGAAGAGGAAACCUUUAACAGGGAUGAAAUCAUCCAGGGAAAACAGGCUGAUGACAUAAAUGAAAGGAUUUCUAUACAGCGGAAGAUUCCCAACACAGAGGAGGUGAGCAGUGAAGAGAAGCAAAUUCUUACUGAACUACUGGGUCUUGACCCCCUGUACAUCAACCCGCAGGGAAACCAAAUCAAAAGGUUUGGCUUCUCAUCCAGUGGAACAGUUGGGAUGGAAAAUGUGAAAAGCAACACUAUCACCAGAGAGGUGUCCAACGUCAGGAAGUCCGAAAGUGACAUCCUUGGCUUAGAUGAGUCAGAUUUUGCCAGUCAGGAAACUGAUGGGAAUCCUUUGUAUAGAGAAACUCAGAAGAAAAAUUCCCAACUUGGAGACUUGAACCUGGAAGCAGAAUCAUCAAAAAAUGAUCUGUGUGGAUAUAUUGUGACGUCGCAAAACCCCCUGAGUGUAGAGAAAGGGGUCGAAUUGAUGGAAGGUCUGGCGCACCUCUUGAAGCUGCAGAUGAACGUCUUCAGUGAUGUGAAUAUGGUUGGACCAGCUGUGACCUUCCAAGUUGAUGUCAAUGGUCGAAACCUGUCAACGGCUGAUGUAGUGGACAUCGCAGUGGCCAACAAGGAAAAACUGGAAAAGAAAACAGGAUUGAAAAUCUUACAAACAGGCGUGGGUGAGAAGAGCAAACUGCGCGCAUCCCCCCACUGGGCCAAUGAAGAGGAGUCAACCAAAUUUAUUAUCUUAACAAUAAUCUCCAUCGUCUGCAUCAUUGGGGUUCUUGUUGCGUCAGGAAUCAUUUACUGCCUUAGGCACCGCUCUCACCACAAACUGAAGGAGAAGCUGAUUGCACUGGGACAUGAUGCCACAGUCAGUUCAGAUGCCACCAGUGCCUACCAGGAGCUUUGCCGCCAGCGGAUGGCGAUCAAGACAUCAGAGCGUCCAGAGACCGCCCAUUCUUCGCGCAUCAACAGCGUCUCCUCUCAGUUCAGCGAUGGUCCACAGCCGAGCCCCUCCACUCGGAGCAGCACUUCCUCCUGGUGUGAGGAGCCAGUCCAGUCCAACAUGGACAUCUCCACGGGACACAUGAUACUGUCCUAUAUGGAGGAUCACCUAACAAACAAAAACCGCCUGGUGAAAGAAUGGGAAGCUCUGAGUGCUUACCAGGCAGAGCCAAACAACAGCAGCAUCGCGGACAGGGAGGAGAAUGAAAAGAAGAAUAGAACUCAACUUGUGGUGCCAUAUGACCACUCCAGAAUAACGCUCAAAGCUGAACAGAGUCACUCAAAUUCGGACUACGUCAAUGCAAGCCCUAUAAUGGACCAUGACCCCAGGAACCCUGCAUACAUUGCUGCCCAAGGACCACUUCCUGCCACGGUGGCAGAUUUCUGGCAGAUGGUUUGGGAGAACGGCUGUGUGGUUAUUGUCAUGCUGACGCCCUUGACAGAAAAUGGAGUCAAACAGUGUCACCAUUAUUGGCCGGAUGAGGGUUCGAACCUCUAUCACAUCUACGAGGUUAACCUCGUCUCGGAGCACAUCUGGUGUGAAGACUUCCUGGUACGAAGCUUUUACCUCAAAAACCUCCAGACCAACGAGACCCGCACAGUGACGCAGUUCCACUUCCUGAGUUGGCUUGACCAUGCCGUCCCCUCAUCCACCCGGUCCCUCCUGGACUUCCGCAGAAAAGUGAACAAGUGCUACAGGGGACGCUCAUGUCCGAUAAUUGUUCACUGCAGUGAUGGAGCUGGAAGAACAGGGACCUACAUUCUGAUUGACAUGGUUCUGAAUAGGAUGGGCAAAGGAGCCAAGGAGAUUGAUAUCGCAGCAACGCUGGAACACCUGAGAGACCAGAGACCAAUGAUGGUUCAGACAAAGGAGCAGUUUGAGUUUGCAUUGACAGCUGUGGCUGAGGAGGUGAAUGCAAUCUUGAAGGCCCUUCCACAGUGAGAGACCACCAGAGAUUCCACCUAGUUCCAACACCUUAAUCUUGCCGGUCUACAUGAACGUUGUAGAAACGUGCUCUGAUCUUAGCUGUGUAACUUUUACUUUAACAGCUUUAGAAAGUGUGUCCCUUCAACAUCUGUAUUUGAUGCAAUUCUUAGCUCAAAACAUAAACUCUGAAUGGUUUCAAAGUAGAAAGAAUUAAAGGUUAGAUUAUAAGUCUUUGUAUAUAUGCUUUUUUGGGACUGGACAGAACUGGAUACAAAAUCCUCAAAAAGAUUGAGGACCACACAGAUUUUAAUCAGUUACCAUUGCAAAGUCUAAGUAUUUUCCAAAAGAAAUUUUUUUAACUUUUAUUAAUUUCAGUAUUAGACAAAAGUAUGGCAAGGCUUCUCAGUAUUAAUUCCACAGUAUUUGAAUACAGUUGAUGAAUCCUACUGGUAUUUCAUAAUGAUCAUGUGAUUCCACGUAGGCAAUCUCACCACUUGUGCCAUAAGGCACAACGCUACAGAGUAGGAAUACAACUGUGUACCUGUACAGUAAGGUGCACUGCUAGGUACCUAUUUAUGGCUAUCUAUCAUGGGGUUUGAUAUUAGACCACUGGGAAUUACUUCAAGGCAGCUCCAGUACAGAGUGGAAGAUCUUUUGAAUAUGUUUUGAAAGGAUACUGUUUAGCAGAAAGUCGCCCAUUCAGUUGGAUAAUUUAAGGAGAUUCUUGCAAUUAGUUGCAGUUAGAUUUUCCCUUUUCCGUAGAGGUACACCUUAACAAACGGCCCUGCCAGUAUGAAUCUGACCACUGAACCACCUCCUGGCUUCAGUCCUGUCAGCUUUCAAGAUACUCCAUACCUGGGAUUACUGAUGAACUUUGCAGUGGUUCCAUUACCACCUUUCAGUUUGUAUCCAUUAUGUUUGAACACUUCUGUUGCUCUCGAACUUUUCUCUGCUGAUUUCUUCAGGCAGACCACCGUUACUUAAGCAAAUAAUAAUUCAGAUAUGAUUUUGUAUCUCUAAUUAGUUAAAGACAAGCAGUUAAAGGUGCCAUGGUUUUGAGAGUUUGAUUCCUCUGUUGUCAGAAGAAUCAUGUUCAAAAUCCUGCCUAGAAGUUAAUUGGGAGAAUGUAAUUGCCGAUUUCAGCUUAGGAUGAUAAAUAAGGUUAGGAUAUGUGCACUGCAUGAGUCUGGUGAUUCAUCCUGUUAUCCAACCCCAAACAGAGCUUGAGCAGUUUAUCUUCUUUGCUUCUGAGUUAACUGCGGAGUGGAGAGGACAACAUAAUAAUGGUACUUUUGGAACCUAGAAUAAAUCCGUGACAUUUCACAAACAAAUGAACACAGUCAGAGGAGUUAGAACAGCGAUUAAAUCUGUGGGAGAACUUCGGUUUCUUUCAAUCUGGCCUUGGUAGACACAGUGAAGAAGUGAGUGUGCUUGUCUGAGCUUAAUGUCACAGGAACCCCUGGGAUCCUUCUUGUCAUUGCUCAACUAAUAGUCUUCAAUGGUUGCAAUAAGUAAGGUAAAUCUCUUUUAUGUGGAUCUUAUCUUUAUUAAUAAAUACAUUAGUUUCAAUGUUCCUGAUACAGAUUGUGAAUUUGAAUCCAUCAUGGGGUAUAAAUUCUUUGCUUCUCAUGAACGUAAGCAUCUUAAAGUCAAUGUCCUCCUAAUCCUAAUGGUCAGUAGCCUAAUCCUGAUUGCAAAGGCAUGAUAUUAGUACAAAUACUUGGAACAACUAAGAUCCAGUGUAUUGAGGUGCAGUCUGUGGAAUCUGCAGAGUUUUGGAAAGUUACCCGGCAUUUUAGUUGUUGAAGAGUAAAUAUUCACGUACACAUAAUGUAUAAAGAGAGUCUGGGGCUUAUGCUUGUCCUUCCCUUGCCACUCCCUGACCUUCGUUCACACACAUGUUGAAUAUCUCACUGGUAAAAUACUGAAAGUGCAGUUCUGGGGUUGGAGUCUAGGCACUCUAGUUGAGAUUAAGCAGAGUGAGCGGUCUCUUUGCAUCUGAUUUAUAUCAGUCCUGCGGUGGGAGCACCUGAUUCCCAGCUGUUGUUGGACUCUAGUACAAGUCUGUUUAUCGUUGACACACCAUGACGGGCCUUUAUUUUUCUGCAGUGUACAGGGACAGCUGGCGCUUAGUGCCUAAGCAAACAAAAGUAAAGUGCAUUCAACCCAAAUACAUACAUGCUUAAGUCCCAGGUUCUGUCCUGUCCCAUUCAAGAUGACACAGCCUCAUCCCAUUGAUCUGAAGGGUUUCCCACUUCAGAUUGAGUUUCAAUGUGGGCAUAUGGUUAGAAAUCCUUAAGUGUUUGAUUUUAUUCAAUUCUGACAACUACUACAGUCUGUUGCAAAUUUGAUGUUGACACAGAAUAUAUAGUCUUUGUCUGUAAAUAGUCCUACUUAUAUAAGACUGAUUGCAUAUACUUACAAAUCUAUUUUAUUUGAUUUAGCCUAUGAAAACAGCAUUCCUUUCAGACUUGCUUGUGGGUUUUUUUUGUGUUAAAUAGUCUAAUGCUCACUUCUUAUUGAUUGUUCCUUUUAUCUAAUAAAUGAUCUGCUUUAUUUCAUAAAUUAGAGCUAAUUUAAUUCGUUUGGUAGUGAUAGACUUUGUGAUGACAAUUAUUUAUUGAUAAUUAGCCACUGAUGUAGCUGGGUUACUGUCAGUACCCUUAAGUUUUCUCUGCUUUUGUUGACCAAGCUUUAAAAAAUCAACUUGUUAUUUUGCCAAAAACUAGUAAUGUAUCAUGACCAGACCUUGCUGAAAAUUUUCAAUGUGGUUAUGAUUUGGGAUGGAAGAAUUUGAUACAUACAUUUAUACAACAUGGAAACAGCCCCUUCAGGCCAGCUGGUCCAUGCCAACAAAGAUCCCACCCAGGCCAGUCACAUUGGGAAGGAAAAUCAGCAGUAAUUCUUUUUUUCCUGAUCACCUUGGAUAUUUUUAUCAGAUAGUUCACUCAUGAUGCAUAUUGCCAAGCUCCGUUCCAAUGGGACCAACUGUUAUAGUGGGGUAACUGUUCUGAUAGUACCUGUUUCAUGUAAUCAUCCAAAGAUAAUUUUGAACCCAAAACAUUUUAACACUAAUGCCUAACUGAACCAAACAAUGGUGUAAAAUCUUCGAGCAACAUGCACAAAAUGCCGGAGGAAUUCAGCAUUUUCGGUUUGCUGAAUUCCUCCAGCAAUUUUUGUGUGUUGCUCAAGAUUUCCAGCAUCAACAGAGUCUCUUGUGUUCAUGUUAAAUCUUUGAUAUGAUUUUCUUGUUAAAACUAAUUCAAUUACUUCUUUUAACAUGAGAUCUGUAAAAGCUUUAGCGGUAAGCUCAUAUAUAUGUCCUCAAGUUUACACAAUUUAGAACAUCAGAUUGGAUUUUCAUCACUUUUUAGCAUCCUGAAGGGACAGUUUGAGAGUUUGCAGUGUUUCCACACUAUAACCUACUGGCCAGUUCAGGGAAACCACUAUCUCCCUGGAACAACUGUGUGAUAUCUGAAUCUACCUAUUAAUACAGGGUCAUUCUGAAACUGUCUCUUCGCUUACUCCCUGUUAAUUUAUAGUUAUUUAUCUGUACAGAUAACAAUAAAAUAUACAAAAUAUUUUGUUCUAUCUCUUUAAAAAAAAUGUGAAUAAAGUAUUGUUUGUGGAGUGGUGUAAACUGUAACAGAGACUUGAACG